AUGCUUAAGCAAACUGGUGAAACUCCAGCUUUGAUUGGUCUUAGGAUGAGAACAUCACCAUCGAUAAUGGCUUAUGCUCCGUGUCCAUCUCGUUUAGAACCUCGGAUGAUCACAGAUUUAGAAGAGUUUCUAGAUGGUAAUUCAACGACUUCCGCCAACUGUGUUUAUUUGAUACAGUCAUAUCAGUUCUUCGUAUUUGAUACCUGUUCACGGGAAAUGAACGCUGCUUGCGACAUUCCGACUGUGGAAAAAGAUGUCUGUGGAUCACUGCUUUGUCCUACAACAUCUACAGAACCUCCAUCAACGACUGAAGAGUCGACAACAUCCUCUGACAACACUGGCACUACUGAACAAACGACUGUAGAAUCAACCACAUCCUCUGACAACACUGGCACUACUGAACAAACGACUGUAGAAUCAACCACAUCCUCUGACAACACAGAAACUACUGAAAAUACGGCUGUGACAGACUCAUCUAGCACGUUGACACCUACUGAUUCAAUCUCUACUGUUGAUAAUCAACUAUCUUCUUCUUCAUCAGCGGAAACAACCGAAACAUCCGAAAAUACAAUUAUAACCACUGAAGCAUUUCCAGAAACAGUAGAAAACACAAAGCCAUCGAUUGAAACAACUGAAACAAUUAUAACAGAUGAAACCUCUACUGAUACAAGUCUAUCUACUGCGAUUCCAUCAACAAGCUCAGCGUCUGUUGCUGAUACUUCUAUCACAGAUUCUUCUGAAACAGAAACAACAGGUAGCAAAGUAAAUGAAGAAACAGAGACAACUACUCUCUCAGAGCUUUCUUCAUCUGUGAGAACAAUAGAAACGAGGCCGACAGACACCAGUAGUUUAGCCUCAACCCAAGAAAGUACUGAAUUGAGUUCAAUCACUUACACAAGUGACAAUACAGAAAUAUUUCAAAGUUCAAAUCAGCCUACUUCUACUGAAACUAAAACUGUCUCUGCUAUAGAUACUUCGUCAGACUCGACCAUGUUAACUCCAGAGCUCAGUUCACAGCAAACAUCAACUCCAGUAAGCACAACGAGCGAAAAAAUGACUGAUCCUACUUUGAAUACGGAAGGAACAACUAAUAUGAAUGAACACACAGAAGAGCCAAGUGAGAAUACGAUAACACUUGAAUGGGAUGAACUGUCAAGCUCAGAGAGUUACUCAACUGAGCAGCUCACAACAACCCCAUCAGAUCUUGAUACAGAUCCGGUGUACUCAACUGAUGUGACAGAAAAUUCUGAGAACACGGAUGAGCCUACAGAUGAUUAUUAUUCAGAUACAGACUAUCCCGAAUAUCCUGACUAUUCCGAUUAUCCAGACUAUUACAAUUAUCCAGACUAUUCAGACUAUCCAGAAUAUUCUGAAAUGUCAUCCAGUGAUAGCAAUUUGAUUAGCACUUUAUCUGGAGAAUCAACAACGGAAAGCUAUGACUAUACAGACUUUCCUUUAUCUUCUUCGGAUUCUCAGGAAGUAACAACUAGUUUCCCAUCACCAAUCCCAUCUUUAUCCAUAAGUUCAAUUGGAACUACAUCGUCGUUCAAUAAUGAAAUUCCUAUUAUCCCUAACCCCGGUAAUCCUGGUUCUGAAAGUUCGACAAAUUCUCCAACAAGUGCUAAGCCAACUAACACAGCAUCAAACAUAUUUCAAGACUCCACUCCCAUUCCGAAAACAACAACAACUUCGUUUUCAUCUCCAAUUUCAUCCUCGUUGAGCACGGAACUUCAUGAGUCCACUAUUAGUAGCUCCAGUCUGACAUUAACGUCAUCAACCUUCUCAGAUAUACAAUAUUCUUCGCCGAAUACUCAAACUUCAUCUAUCACUACCAAACGUGGAUUGACAUCGAGUGGUACCGAAUUUCCUAUCACGAGUCUACCAACGACGUCUCCUUCCACCAAUACAUCUCAAUUUACAACAACAUCUAACUCUUCAAAAUUAGUUUCAUCUACCCCAAAAAGCAGCACGGCAGCUUUAAACUCAUCCUCCACAACUUCUCAAUCUGAUUUCUCUCUCAUUUCCACAACUACAUCGGUUAUACCCACAACCAAAAGCUCUAAAAGACAGUGCAACAAAAUGGAAUUUCGUCUGUUUAAUAUGUGCAUGGAUUGGAGAUUCAUCCUUGGAUUCUGCCUAUUGUUGAUAUUGCUCAACAUGAUUUGUUGGUGUUUAGUUUGUUUGUCGCGAUGUGCUACUCGCAAGGACCCUGAUGUCGAAGCAAGUGAUGAUAUCCCUGAACUCCCGAAAGAUCCUGAACUUUUCAACACUCCUACUGAUCCAGCCGAUUUCUCUCCACCUUUGCCAGCCUUACCAUCACAAAUUCUCCUUCCUUACAUGCCUCCUCCGGUUAACGCUGAUGUUCACAUCAUAGAAAAUCCUAUAUGUACCGAAAACGUCUCAACUCAGACUGAUUUCCCUAUAGGACCAAUGAUCUUUCCCGUGAAGCCUAAGAAGAAACUUAGACCUGCUCCACUGCCUACACCACUGGACGACGAUGGGGUUUUAGGAGAUGAUAUUUCGAUUAAUGUACCUUAUUCACCCGACGAUGAAAUCCAACCAAAAGGAGAUAUAACCGUUUUCUUCCAAAAUAAAGAGCCAGGAUUGGACCCCGAGCCUCCAGUGCCUGACAUCCCUUUCUUCGUACCAAUGAGAGCUCCUCGUUUCCCAUCACCUCCGACACGUGACCCACCAAAAAAACCACCAAGAUUCAUUUCUCCCCCGAAGCAUCCUCGACAACCGCACAUGGAUAUGCCAAUGCAGAAUCUAAAAGAACCAGACAAUGUGAGAGAUCAAGCAAGUGAAAUUCAAAAGCCUCAACGCCUCAGUCCCCCUAAAGAGAAUGGAAUUCAACAGCAUAUCUUUCCCUCUCCUCCUAUAAACCGCCCACCUAUGGUUCCUCCACUCAUUAACCUAACGUCUGAAAACAAUGAAGAAACACCAAUCAUCGAUGACUCUACUCCACCCCCACCAGCUCCAUUCAGCAAUAAUCGAAACUCUUCCGGGUUUGCAGCACCAAGUCGCAAUAUCAGCCAACUUUUUUCCAACUCACCCCCGCAAUCUGUUCGAAUCCAGCGCGCCAAAGGCCGCGUUGGCGGGGUUGUUCGAGCUGGUAACCCAACAGGACCCGCUCCUACAGUAUGGAAACCAUGGAGCAAACCCACUGACACAUUCAGUAGUCCCAAAGGAGAUUUUUAA